AUGGCACCGAUGGCUGCAGCAACAAUAUCCACACCAACCCUCACGCAAAGCGGUGCGAGAGUCGCUUCACAAGCAGCCGAGCAACAUGCACUCGAGCUUGGCGUGCCCAUGUCCAUAGCAGUAGUGGAUGCGCACUGCCACCUCUUGAGCUUCACGCGAAUGGAUGGCUCGAAAAUCACAUCCAUCAACACUGCCAUGGACAUGGCUUUCACAGCAGCGGGCAACCGGAUACCAACAUCAGCAUACCAAGAGAACGCCUGGCCCGGCAGCGCAACCUCAGGCAUCGGCAAUGCGAUCUCCGGCCGCUUCUGCACCCUCGGUGGCGGCAUACCCAUAUUCUGCCCAUCAGGCAGCGGCGACAUACUCGGGGCGAUCGGAUGCUCGACCGGCACAUCGAACCAGGACGAGGCCGCCGCGAAGAUCGGUCGCGACGCCGUUCUCGCAUUGAUACGCAAAGAGAAGCUCGAUGAGGAGCGGAGAGUAGAGAAUGAGAGACAGGCAGUGCUUAUGCUGUGGAAGGAGAAGGAAGAGGAGGUUGGCACACUAAGAGAGGAAUUGGAGCGCGGAAGUAAGAGGAUGCGGUAUGACGAGUAUGGUGGUGGGAGGAAGAGCAGUGUUGCACUGAGCACGAGUGGGAGCUUGGGUGGGAGGAGCGUUAUGCCGGAUACACCGCCUGAAGAUGGCGAGAUUCAACCAAGUUUUGUAGGCGAGGUUGCGCUGGGAACGGCGAUGAGAGUGUAG